AGUACCAGCGCCAGUUCCCCCCCCCCUUUAAGCAUUUCUAGAAACCUAGUAAUAGAACACACAUUUUACAGGUAUGAACGUAUAAACAUCAUGGGAUUAUGACAAAGUUGCACAUAAUCAGGAAGGCUUGGUCGGUUCUAGGGAGGGAGCUGGACACUAUUGAUAUUGUGGCAAAGAGAAGGAUACUGCCCACACCGGUCGAUUAUAGACAACAUCGUUCACCCGCUUCACAGUAUUGUGGCUGGACAGAAGGGCACAUUUAGCCGCUGAUUCUCCAGCAUUUCAACUGAGGUUGAGAACGUGGAUUCGAAUUGCAAAUACAUAGUUAAUGGAGAAUAAGUAAAAAGCGAUUAGAAAACAAAAACGUUCUAAGCAACAUUUGUUCCUUCUGACGAUCCGUAUAAGUAUGGAAGUCUCACGGUAUUAGUUGUAUUCAUUUAAAAUAGAAGAUGGUCUAGAAACAUUAAAGUCUACAAUAAAAUCAGCGGAAGAACAUGUACAACGGUGAUUAAAAGUAAUAACAUAAGCUGAGCGAUAAACUUGGAAUUGCAUGCUAACAGCGAAGAGCUAGCUGACUAGUUCACCUAGCCCUGUAGUGUUUUAACACAUCUGAACCAUAAUGAGCACAACGCGUGCAGUCUGUACUGAGCCCCUGGAAGUCGGAUCGGACAUCGCAGGCGAACCGUACAGCAUCUCGGUGUUAAAGGAGGGAUAUAGCCUAGCUCAGCCGGACGGCUCAACGCGUGCAGACGGCACAAUCUCUCUAUUGCAAGGACCCAAGAUAAUCCUAGUGGACACCGGAGGUCCGUGGGACCGCGAUUUCCUUCUUGAUCAGUUAAAGAAGAAGGGUCUUGACCCUGGCGACAUUAAUAUAGUGGUGGGAACCCACGGACACUCGGAUCAUAUCGGAAAUUUGGGUCUCUUCCCGGAAGCUACACUAGUGGUUGGUUGCGAUAUGAGCCAGGGAGACCGAUACCUCCCAAACCAGCUGGCAGAAGGUCGGCCUCAUCCCAUUGAUGACCAUGUGUCUAUACUACCCACUCCAGGGCACACAGGCCGGGAUGUCAGCGUACUGGUGACAGGGACCUCCGUGGGCGUCGUCCUGGUGGCGGGAGACCUGUUUGAAAAUAGCGCCGAUGAGGACACCUGGCGGGAGCUGAGCGAGAACCCUGCAGUGCAGGAAGCAGGGCUCCAACAAUGACUUUGCCCGUGGGCAUCCACCCUCCUGCAUUCGGCCUCGUUCAGAUGAGUGGGUGCUGCGGAAGACGGUCAUAAUUCACUCUGAUCCAGAUAAGAGACGAUGACGAGGCAGGUGACCGCCAUAUAGUAACGGGUGCAACCAUGUAUGCAUAUGUGUUUUUUUAUUUCUUCGUGCAUGCUAUCAGUGGAGAAGGUACCACAAGGUACUGAGUCAUAAAACAGGGUGUUGGGAUUGCAUGGGGGGUUGUAAAAGCUGAUUAGUCUUUUAGUCACUGUUUUAUCUGCCCACUCGCCACUUUUUCCUCAUUUUCAGUGCCCAAACCCUGAAUAUCCAGCCCAUUGUCAGCCUCUUUUCAUGAUCUGAUCAUUUUUUGUUGUUGUUUGUCUGGUCCCCAUUCUGAUUCCAUAAUGGCCGCCUUUUGUUUCAUGUCUUCACUGUUGCUUUUUCAAACUCCUCUCCUCUUUUGUUCCUUGAGUACAAUCCUUCCCCCGAUCCAGGUGCCAUGUGGUUCUGUUGGCCCAUGUCUUCUUCCUGCUUUUAAGGUGGUAGGCGAUGAGUUGGUGUCAUGUUUCAGUCUAACGGAGGCUGAAAACUAACCAGAUUGUACGUUAAAUCAGAAAGGAGAUACAGAACUGCUGCCUGGACGGGGCGAUAGGACGCCACAUGUAAUCGGCUUGGCCAUAGUUUCUUGUGGAUGGGAGUCCAUCUUCCCCUUGUUUGUGUGGAUGUUCGCCAAUACUCUGGUUUCCUGCAGUUUAGGUGAGACGGCGCCAUAGUGUGUAUUUACCCUGUCAGGGACUCCAGGGUAAAUACUUCAUUCACUUCAUUCACUUCCAGGGUGUGUCACGUCUUGGGAUUCCCGGGAAACUCUAGGCUCGCUGUGACACUGCUUUGCUUCAGCGGUUAUGGAAAAUAGGUGGAGGGACUACAUAGCUGUCUGGAUGACUGUCAGAGGUUGCUGUUGAGAUGGGGCGCGAGUAAGGGAAAUCUCAUUGGAUGGUGACUCAUCUCAUGACCUUCUAUUUGGUCAUAUUAGGCUUAAGGAUAAUAUUAAAUAAUAAAUAAUAUUAAAAUGUCAUACAAAAUGUCAUACACCUGGUUUUUUAAAUGACUUUGUGUUGCAGGCAUAUUUCAACUGAAAUUUUUUGGCAAAUUAUAAAUGGCAGAAUUUAAGUGUGAUUUUACUUAUUUAAGUAUGUUAAAAGACGUACAACUGAGGAUCUGGAACAACUGGGGUUAAGGGCUUUGCUUAAGAGCAGAAUGGUGAAAAUGUUUUUAAAAAUUUGAUUCAUACAAUGUAGUGUACAUCACAACAGGGAAGUCGUAGUGAUGACUACGGGAUUUGAACCGUCAACCUUCUGUUCGUUUGUGGGCAGUGGUGUCUUAAUGGUUAGGGAAGCGCACUUGUAAUUGUAAGAUUGCUGGUUUGAAUCCCUGACCAGCAAGGCACCACUGAGGUACCCUGAGCAAGGUACCGCCCCCAAACACUGCU